CACGAACACGCACAUCCACAAUGUUCGGCCCCUUCCGUCUUACAAACCCGCUGUCGGGCGGUCUGCUCUGGAAAAUCCCCUGGCGCCUGUCCCGCCACCAGAAGUACCGACAACGCGAGCGCCUCCGGAAUGUAGACGGCAUCGUUGCGACGCUGGACAAUGCGUUGGCGAGGACGGGGUUGAGCAUGAAGAAGGUGGAUCGCUGGAAGAUGGAGAUGCCGACCGAGCAGGAGAUGCUGCCCAAGGACAAAUACACAGUGUUCGACAGGAAGGUGAAGAGGUACAGGAAGGGCAUUCACAAGGUGCCCAAGUGGACAAGAGUCAGCCAGAGAUUGAAUCCUCCUGGUUUUUAAACGGAGAGGAGUGGUUUUGUGUAUACUACCUGUUUCUCUACGGUCUGCAUCGGCUAUGGCGCUUUCUGGAAUCAAAGACAUCCCCAAUUCGACAUUUGCCUGUGAAGGGUACGGUACCUUGAUCAUGUUUCUCGACAUGAGCUCGCCUUGUGCAAUGAUUUGUGGGAGUUGUGGUCUAGGCGGAUGCUUUUGUGUUACGCAAUUGGAGGGCGAUUGCAUUCUCGCUGUUUGCUCAAACCGCC